ACACAGUAACAUUACCUUAUAUUAUUUUUUUUUAAAAAAAAACAUUACCUUAUAUUAUUAAUUUAUUUUCUCCCGCUUAUUUUUGGCUGUAAAACACAUUAUAUUAUUUAAUUAUUUAUCUUUUGUAUUUGGAACCAAGGUUGUGUACUUAUAUACUCACCUUGUAAUAUUCACUCACUAAUUCCUCACUCUCCACAACCGUACAUGGCUUCCAUGGCUGCCACCACAACCACCCAACUCCUCUUCUUCCUCUUCUUGUUCUUGUCCGUUGUACUACUUCCAUUAGGUUCCAGCGUCGGUGUGAACUACGGUACCCUCGGCAACAACCUCCCCUCCCCAAAGCGAGUAGCCCAUCUCCUCCAAGCCACACUCAUCGACAAGGUCAAAAUCUACGACACCAACCCCGAAAUCCUCAACGCCUUUUCAAACACAGCUAUCGACCUCAUUGUCGCAGUCGAGAACCAGCACGUCUUCAAUCUCAGCUCCGACACUUCCUUCGCCGACCAAUGGUUCACCACUCGCCUCGCUCCUUUCAUCCCCGCCACCUCCGUAGUCGCCAUUGUAGUUGGAAACGAAUACCUAACUACCACCGACGACGGCGUACCCGAUCCAGCCUCCCUCCUCCGUGCGAUCAAGAAUCUUCACUCCGUUCUCGUUUCCCGAGGCCUCAAUAGGAAGAUCAAAGUCACAACUCCUCACAGCAUGGCCGUACUCGCCUCCUCCUUCCCGCCUUCGUCUUCCACCUUCGCCCCAAACCUAGCUCAGUCAAUGGAGUCUCUGCUCGAUUUCUUGGCCGAUACUAACUCACCUUUCAUGGUCAAUGCGUACCCAUACUUCGCUUACCGAGACAACCCGGAGACCGUGGAUCUACAGUACGCACUGCUCGGAAACUCAAGCGGCGGCGGCGUUCGCGAUCCCAAAGGCUAUAUAUACUACAACAUGUUGGAUGCUCAAAUUGACGCCGUCAGAUCGGCCAUUAACGCUUUAGGAUUCGGGAACCGUACGAUCAAAAUCACAGUAUCGGAGUCUGGUUGGCCGUCGAAGGGAGACGCCGGAGAUAUAGCGGCGACGAAGGAGAACGCGAAGAUUUACAACACGAGAUUGAUCGAGCGAGCUCAGUCGAGCAAGGGGACUCCAAUGAAGCCGAGGGACAAAAUCGACAUUUUCGUGUUUGCUCUGUUCAACGAAAACAAGAAGAAAGGAGGGACCACAGAGAGGAACUUCGGGAUGUUUAAUGGUGACGGGUCGAAGGUGUACGACAUGGAUUUGAGCUGUGAGUUUUGUAGUAGUAGCAAUGGAGAUGAAACGGCGUCGUUUGGAUUUGGUGAGAAAAUGAAUACUGAGUUGAUGAGAAGGGGUCCUUCGGUUUGGUGUGUGGCAAAACCACAUGCAAACGACAAGGUUCUUCAGGGCGUUUUGGACUUCUGUUGUGGGCCUGGUGGAGUGGACUGUAGAGAGAUUUAUAAUGACAGUGGGCCUUGUUUUGAGCCCAACAGGCUUCUUGCUCAUGCUUCUUAUGCCAUGAAUUCUUACUAUCAAAUGCAUGGAAGGAAUUUCUGGAAUUGUGACUUCAAGGGCAUUGGCCUUGUUACUUUCAGUGAUCCAAGUUAUGGGCCUUGCCGGUAUUCUCAAAUGUGAGCAAUUAAUUUUGCUUAAUAGUAUUGUAUUUGUAAGGUAUAUUUGAAUUUAUUUCUAUGAUGAAGGACCAAGUACGGUUAAAAGAAAGGUAUCAUAUUUGUUCACUUUUUUUUUUUGGAAAUAUAUUUGUUCACAUUUCCAAAUCAAUGUUCUACUAGAAGAGAAAUCCAGCUCUCGUUUGAUAUCUAGACAGUUCUAGCCGUAGGCAUCCAACUCCAACCUGGUUGUGCUAUUUUGUAGUGUAUGCAAUAUGCAAUAAGUACAUUUUUUUUU